AUGAACCAACCAAGGCGCCACUUCGUCGUCGCCGCAGGAGGGCAGCAGCAGGCCCCCGGACCGGCCGCAGUCGCGCCUGGUAAGUGGGACCAUAACCGAUGGCUGGACCGUUUUGCCGCCGGGCAAAGUGACUGGAAUACGCAGAAGAAAUCGCGCGAAAAGGUGGCGCAGCACAACUACAGUUACUUCGUACAGGGGUUGCGCUUGCCGAUACCAACCACCAUCCGGAUAAAUUGGAACGAUGCGGCCUAUCAGCAGCGAAUACAAGACUUUCUGAAAACGGUAAACGCCUCGUCUUCGUCAAGAACGACGCAGCGCGCAUCUGGUGUUGCCGAUUCCUUCCAGCCUCGUAGCUCCAACAAAAUUUCCUUCAUGGUUGCCACCACGGACGUCGCAGCGCAGUACUUUACCAAACAGCAACACAAAAGGGUGGUCGCCCUCAACUACGCCAACGGCUUCCACCCGGGCGGCGGCUACGUCCGGGGGUCGCGCGCGCAGGAAGAAGACCUGUGCCGGCAGUUCCCGACCUAUUUUUCUUCCCUAAACCGCGCUUAUACAGGGAGGCAACAGGACCACCGUGACUCCCUGUACCCCUUCGGACCGGGCACCGCGAAGUUUGCAAACCCGAUGCAGAAAAAGGCGGCGACGGGUACGGACCAGUACGCGGAUAUUCUUUUCACGGACAACGUUCCCUGUCUGCGGGCGGGGGAGAGCGAAGGGUACCGGGUUUAUGCGGACGAGGAAAAAUUUUCCUGUGCGUUCGUCGCUGCGGCCGCACCGAAUCUGCGGCAAGGGGAACUGUUCGACGAGCUUCUGCUGAAGCACGCGAUGACAAAUAUCAUCUGCGGGCCGCAGCUUUUCUUCACAAAUAACGGCAGUGGCGUGAGUGCCAAAACCACGACCCAAGACGGAGGACCACUAAUCGCGAGCCAAGUUUUACUACCCGGCCAGCAGCAGCAGGACCACCACCAGCACCCAAACGGCAGGUCUGCAGGAAGUGUGUCUAGUACCGGUGGUGGAGGUAUGAUAAGUCCCGGAAAUUAUGUGAUUGACACUUCCGGCGUGCAGGUUGUCGCCCCACCUCUGCAGGAAAUGAGUCACGGCAAGAGGCCGUCCCAGCCGACGUCCAGAGCCUCCAGCAAAGGGAACGCCGCAAACCCACCGGCCCCCUACGACGUGUUAAUUCUGGGCGCUUGGGGCUGUGGGGCGUUCGGGUGUGACGCACAGCAGAUGGUGUCGCUGUUUGCGCAGGUGAUUCUGGAGCUAAAUUUGGACAAGUUGUACGAGGAAAUCUGUUUUGCGGUGCCGGAUUUCCCGAACAACAGCCGGGAACAGGGCGCGGUGGUGGAGAAGAAUCACGUCGUGUGUCAGAAAGUGUUGAAGAAAAUGUUCGGGGAAAGAUUGGAAAGUUACAUACAGGUGUGAUAAGAUGUCAUGCUGAAAGAUGCAGUUUUUGUGAUAAAUGAUACCUAGAUCAUGUAGAUCGAUACCGUGACAUGGCGACGAAGCGAGCUCCGAAUUCGAGACAGGAAGUUCACCGCACAACCGCGCAAGAAUUUGUUCUGAGAGUGUAGAUGCGCAGAAUUGCCGCAUUUUGCGCGCACGAGGAUUAUUUGAUCUUCAAUGCCGAUAAGAUCUUCCAGUUGAUCGUGGCU